AUGGCGGCCGAAGUCCCCAACUCACUGAACUGGGUGUCUUUCGUGACGGGCAUUCUCUCCUUCGCCCUCACAACUCUCAACUUGAUAGCCCUUUACGGCAAUUUUGUCGCGACUAUCAAAUCGGCACCCAAUGAAAUACGAGAUUCACUAGGAAACCUUCGACAACAACUCUGCGAAGAGAGACAGGCUCUCCGGCACCAGUCACGAGAAAUCCGCACAAAGACGAAGUUGCGCCAGCGCCUCCACAACCUGACUGACAGACACGCCAGCCACGAAGCCCGCAGCGCACUCUCCUACGCGGAACAGACGCUGCCGCUUCACUAUCUCACCCUCCGCGACCUCUGGCGCACCUUCAAAGAGCUCGAGCGGCCGUUCCUCAUCGCGAGCGGAUACCGCGCUGAGGCGAUCCAUAACGGGGCGUCGUGGGGCGAGGCGGAUCUCGACGAGAAGGUCCGAGCCGAUUUCGAGAAGCAUGGGGAGCAAGGGAGUUUUGCGGACUGGAGUGCGAUUUACAAGUGUGAUUUUGCGCAUCGGUUUAUUUGGUGGCAGAUCAAGGAUGAUGUGAAGAAGCUUGGGGACGAGGUGAUGCGGAUUAUGGCGAGGAGGACGGAGAGGGAGGUUACUUAUACCCGUAUGAUGGUGAAGCAGAUUUUUCAGGGUGACGGGCCGGCGCAAAUUGUUGACGUGCGUCCUCCAAGACGGCCUCCUGGAGGAGGUGGUGGUGGCGGUGGAGGGGCCAGGAGGCGUAUGAGCUGGGGAACUGGGCCUGUGAGGCGGAGUCCGAUCCCGAUGAGACGAAGUCCGGCGCCGGUUAGGAGAAUUCCCGUCCCUGUUCCUGUGAGGACGCCACAUCACGAACGAUACAAGAAACAUGACGAGAGAAGCUCGAGUUCUUCCUCCUCCUCCAGCAUAAGUAGCGGCAGGGACAACGAGACGACGAGACGGGGCAUGGAUGUGCCGAGACGAGGUAGUCCGGUGUUCAGCGAGCAUAGACACAGUCACCCAAAGAGCGACGCCGCCACUGUUGGGAAGCAUCAGCAUCGUCCUGAUCAUCAGUCACAGACGGGAAGCAAUCGAUGGGAGCAGUUCCGCGGCAGACCUACGCGGCAGUAUGAUAUCCGGGAGUACUUUGAGGGUCGGGGACGGGAUCAUUCGAGGAUCAUUGAGGUUAUUGCUGAGAGCGAGGUCGACUAUUUUUCACCUCGAUCGCGGCACAAGAAUGACGGCAAAUGA